AUGGAGGACAGCAACUCCAAACAGCCGCUCCUCGUGGUGGCGGAGGAAGAAGAAGGAGAAGAUGAAGUCACCGAUCUACUCUCCAUCCCGGGCUACUCUUUCCCGAGACUCUCCAACCUCUCGUUUUUCUCGUCCUUUGUGGCGGACGACGACGACAUCCCACCAAUCCAGACUCUUGGCGGCUUUCUGUCGGCGUUCAAGAACGAGUCCGGCAAGCUCUGGUACCUCGCCGGCCCCGCCAUCUUCACCUCCCUCUGCCAGUACUCUCUCGGGGCCUUCACCCAGACCUUCGCCGGCCACGUUGGCACCCUCGAGCUCGCCGCCUUCUCCAUCGAGAAUUCUGCCAUCGCCGGCGUCUCCCUCGGAUUCAUGCUGGGAAUGGGGAGCGCUGUAGAGACUCUAUGCGGACAGGCCUUCGGCGCGGGACACGAGGACAUGCUGGGCGUGUAUCUGCAGAGGUCGUGGAUAAUCCUUUUGGUCACGGCUUUCCUCUUAAUGUUUUUCUACAUUUUCGCCUCCCCUUUCUUGCUGCUCAUCGGCCAGACCGAGAGCAUCUCCCGAGUCGCCGGAAAACUUGCUCUCUGGAUGAUCCCGCAGCUCUUCGCCUACUCCAUCAAUUUCCCGACGGCCAAGUUCCUUCAGGCGCAGAGCAAGAUCAUGGCCAUGGCCUGGAUCUCCGCGGUGGCCCUGGCGCUGCACGUGCUUCUCAGCUGGCUGCUGAUGCUCAAGGCCGGGUGGGGGAUGGCCGGAGGCGCGGCAGUGCUGGACGCGUCGUGGUGGCUCAUAGUGGUGGCGCAGCUGGUCUACGUGUUCAGCGGGACCUGCGGCAAGGCGUGGCCUGGGUUCACGCUCAGGGCGUGUCAGAACUUGUGGGGGUUUGUUAGACUAUCUCUAGCAUCCGCUGUCAUGAUGUGGCUGGAGGUGUGGUAUUUUAUGGCUUUGGUCCUCUUCGCUGGGUAUUUGAAGGACGCUGAAGUUGCCGUGGCCGCCUUGUCUGUGUGCACAAACAUAUUGGGCUGGACAAAUACAAUAGCUUGUGGAUUCAAUGCCGCCAUUAGUGUGAGGGUGGCUAAUGAAUUGGGUGCUUCUCGUCCGAGGACGGCUAAAUUUUCAGUGGUUGUGAUGGUGAUAUCUGCUUUUCUGAUCAGCCUUUUGGUAUCCAUUCUUCUUUUAACCUUCCAAGACGAGUAUCCUUCUUUUUUCACCGAUAGCGAUGCGGUCAAAAGAGUCGUGAACGAGCUCAAUCCGUUGCUCGCAUUCUGCAUCGUGGUCAACAGCAUUCAGCCGGCACUCUCCGGGGUGGCUAUUGGGGCUGGAUGGCAAGCUAUGAUUGCCAAUGUUAACAUUGUUUGCUACUAUGUGUUUGGGGUUCCUUUGGGUCUAAUAUUGGGUUACACUCUUGAUAUGGGUGUCAAAGGCAUUUGGUACGGAAUGGUCGCCGGGACUCUUGUACAAACGCUAAUCCUCUUUUGGAUUGUUUACCGGACCGAUUGGAACAAAGAGGCUUCCAUUGCAGCUAAGAGGAUCAAAUAUUGGAGAGGGGAAACGGAUUCUACCAAGAAAAAGGAUGUGGAAAGGGAAGAAAAUCAUUGA